AUGGCAACAGCCAUUGUCAUGAUGAUAAAGUGUUACGUGCUUUAUGUUAUGUUCCUCGCACUGUGUUGUGUCUGUGGAUGUGUGGCAGCUGACAGUGAAGCUGAGGAACUUAAAAAAAGCGAUCGUGUUACUGUCAAUCGCGAUAGCACUUUGCAGGAUACUUUGGAAACUCGUGAGAGAGAAGAGGUAGCUAGGGGACCAGAAUGUCAAUCAGAUGAUGAGGAGGCAAAUAAGGGAAAGAAUUGCCAACCGAAACCCUCGCGGGACUUGACUCCAGGAGAUGGUCAACACAAUGGAAUAAAAGCUGAAGAUCGUACACCUUCAGCAACAAUAAGUGGUCCCAAUACUCCUGCUGUAGUUCCUGCCCCUGCCGCUCCUCCAGAUCCUCCUGCUGUUGCUGCUGCUGCUGACCCUCCAAUGAAAAGUCCUUCUGGAGGGGAUGGUGUAGAGACGACAAAAGAGAGUGAAGCUGUGACUGACGAGAGUACGGAUACUAAGAAACCGGCACAAACAGAAGGUACACCAAACAUGGACACUCCUCAAAGAGACGGUGAACAGAACAAUGCGGGAGCACAAGGACCACAGGGAAAUCAAAGGGGAGCACAACCCAAUUCUUCUACUGGACCCAGUACAGAUAAUACAGACACUCAAGAAAACAGCGGGAGACAAGAACAGACAACUGACACAAAUGACUCACAACCAAACAAUGGUACAGGUGAUGCCAAUAACUCAGAAAACAUGACCUCUGACACUACCAAUACACCUAAUAAUAAUGAGGAAUCAACUACAACCACCACUACUACCACAACAACAACAACAACACUUCCUCCUGAACUCACAAACAACAAGAAGGGUGAUGCAGACAGCAGCAGCAGUAUCAGCAGUUCUGUGUGGGUGCGUGUGCCACUACUGAUUGUGGUUACACUGGCCUGUAUUCUUGUGUGCUNGAAAGGAUGA